AAAGUCGAGAUCAAUAUUAAUUAACAUUACCAAAAUAAUGACAAUAAAAACGUACAGUCUAUAAAUCAAUGUUGAGAAUAUCUGUUAACGUUAAGUACAUUCACCCCUGUUUGAACCGGGAUUAUAGCCAUCGUACGUUCGUAACAAUGUCAUAACAAUGUCAUAACAUUGUUUACAAACAUGCCAACAAUUUCAAAAUCAAACUCAAUAAUGCAAUACGAUAUGCGCAUGCGCGUGUAUAAAAAAUUCCGAAACAUUAGCAUUGGGUGUAAGAAAAAUGUCAAGGCGACUAGAUUUUAUUGACGGCACUGAGGGUUCAGGUGGCGGUAGUGGUGGGGGAACUAGAGACCGAGGGUGUCGGUCGACGAGUUGGUGCGCGCGGAACAGUGACGGUUCGACUGGUGAAAUGGUCGGGGUGAUAGUGUCGCUGUUUCGUCGACGAUACGAAAGCGCGUGCAUUAUGUCUUAACAGCAUCAUUGCAUCACAACAAUUUUUUCUCUACUACCAAUACUCGUUCUACUACCACCAAUUUUAUUCGUUCUCUGUCUAAUUCGUCUUUAAUGCCGCGACGCCGUUAUCGAACGACCUCACUGUGCACAUGUGUCAUGGAUGUCAAAGGAAUAGACGUCUGUUGAAUGUCAAAUCCGUAACAUGACAUCUCGAGAAACCAUAACGGAAAAACCGUAUUACGCUGAAUAAUCGAUUUUUAGAAAUAAAGUGCAAAGAAUUUGGUCGUGAGAUCGCCGUUGGAGAUGCUACCUUCGAACACGCUCGAGGUGGAAGUCGGGAGUUCGUCGCCUCCGAGAGAAUACGAAACGACCAAUAACAGCUUCCUCUUGGAGACGAUGCCCGGUGACUUGCAUACCGAAACAGCGGCUUGCCGUCUGAUGGACACUGGCGUGGUUGCUCGUUGUCACGAGGAAAACAACGAAACGAACAGAGGCAUCCCCGAAGCCGAGUGUAUGAAAAAGAUGGUCGAAUCAGCUGUUGGUAACGGCAGGCCUGUCAACGAUCGACCGCACCAGAGUUUUUCCAAGAGUUCCGCAUCUCUGCAAAGUUUAAUUCGUAGAAGGAGUCGAAAACACGGCGCGUCGUUGCCGUUGGACGUUGAGGUGUCUUCGUACUCGUCGCAUCCUGGCUGCCAUCUCGACGCGGCCAAGAAUGGUGCACCUUACAGAAAAGACGAAGAAACUUGUACAGCCACGCGUACGUCUACACUCAUUUACUCAUCCUCCGCCCAACUGUCCAGAGGAGACAAUGUCCAGGAUGUCUCCUCGUCGACGAACAACGUCGCGACGCUCACCACGACCAGCAACACGAGUAACGUGACCUCCUCGGCCAGUGGAAGUCGAUUCGGUAAUACGGCAUCCUCGUUGAUAAGAACGACCAGUGUGAUCACGGCUGGACCGUCCACGACUUCCUGGAACAAUUCUACGGAAGAAGAAUUAGAUUACGUCGUUGAUCCAGUUCAAGGGAACGCUUACUACAAAGGACAACUACUGGGGAAGGGUGGUUUCGCCAAGGUUUUCUUGAUGACCGACGUCAGCAAUGGGAACGAAUACGCCUGCAAAAUCAUUCGAAAAAAUCGAAUGCAAAAAAUUCAUAUGCAAAAGAUCGCUCGCGAGAUAAUGAUUCAUAAAGAGCUGAACCACGUGAACGUUGUCCAACUGCAUCACUACUUUGAGGAUAACCUUAACGUGUAUAUGCUUCUGGAAGCCUGUCCUCGAAAGAGUUUGAUGCACGUGUUGAAGUAUCGUGGUAAAGUCACGGAACCGGAAGCACGGUAUUACAUGAAACAAAUGGUGACCGGUGUUGCAUACAUCCACUCUCAGAAAGUUGUCCAUCGGGAUUUGAAGCCAGGCAACAUGUUCCUAUCGGAUCGUAUGAUCGUCAAGAUUGGAGACUUUGGCCUGGCGACGAGGCUUGAUGGACAGUGCAGACGCGUGACGAUAUGCGGAACACCGAAUUACAUAGCACCGGAAGUGUUGUAUAAGCAAGCCUACAGUUACGAAGCGGAUGUUUGGGCGCUAGGAUGCAUACUCUACGCCCUAUUGGUAGGGCAACCACCUUUCGAUACUGCGACAUUGAAGGAAAUUUAUGCCAGGAUAUGUAACAAUCACUAUAGAGAGGUUGACGAUACGAUAGCAAGUCGAAGUGGACAAGAUCUCAUUAAAUGGCUUCUCCAACCGAACCCUGAACUUCGACCAUCCUUGGAAAGGGUUAAGGAACAUGCUUAUCUCACCAAGGAAUAUGUACCAACUUCCUUGCCACGUAUCUCAUGCUUUCAAAUGCCACCCCCGUCUAUAAUCGACCCCAUGUCGUCGCCUUCGGCUAACUCCACGACCUCUAGGAACCAGAAGCUUAAUAAGAUUCAGGUUCACACUACACAAGCUCAACAACCAUUACAACCACCGUCACAACCACAAUCGCCCCAGCAGCAACAGCAACAACAACAGCAACAGCAGCAUCAAAUUAAUAGAUCUCAGAAAAGUUUACGGAAAGAAUCAAAAGUCAUUAGCUGGUUAGCUAGAAAAUUUCCAAAAGUGCCAAAAUUUAGACAGAGAUUAAGCAGUGUCUUAUGUCCGGAUCACAAGAAAAUGGGAUACAUGGCACAGAGCAUGCAAAUGCAUCAAGCAUUAGAAACUUGCAUAACAGACAUUAAAUGCAAGAAUAAAUUAAAUAAUCAUCCACCAGUAAAAGAUAUUGUACCUCUAUUCAUUACUAAGUGGAUUGAUUACUCUAACAAAUAUGGCCUAGGUUUUCAACUUUCUGAUAAAUCUGUCGGCGUUCUCUUCAAUGAUAACACGAAAAUUAGUUACACACAUGAUAGAAGAAGGGUGGAGUAUGUGACAACCGAUGACGAAGUAACAAGAUAUCAUAGAGAAGAAGACAUCCCAGUUGCUCUGCAAGAGAAACUUGAAUUGCUACAACAUUUUACCCAGUAUAUGGAUAAAUUCAUGACUGAAGGUGGUGAAAUUAAGAAACACCGAGCUGUGACAAAACAGUCGAAGAACGUUUGCGUACCGCGAAUGAGGAGAUGGUUAAGAACUGAUAAGACCAUCGUAAUGGAACUAACAGUGCCUCUUUUGCAAGUAAACUUCUUCGAGGAUCACACGAAAUUGGUUGUUUCCCAGGAAUCUCCCAGUAGAGGAUAUUUAGUAACUUAUAUCGACACUAGUAGACGUACGUCUUCCUACUGGUUGAAUGAUAUACGAGAUUUUGGUUGCACCAUGGAUCUUUAUGAUCGCUUGUAUUAUGUAUACAAAGUUUCUAGAGAAUUUGCUGAAAUGCAUAGCAAUACGAUCGCUUGACCGUCAAAGAUACGCCGGAAAAUGCGUCGUACAUUGAAAGAUUGAAAUUUUGUUUCUAAAAAUGCCCCUGUCUGUUGCGUUAGCUGCACUCGUGCAACUUUAAACGUAUACAUAUUUAUUUUUCAUUCUCAUUGAAAGCAUUGCAAUUAUUUCCUUUGCACAAAUUUUCAUUAUAUUCUUAGAUUAAUUUAAAUUAAUUUAAUUUUUGAGAAAUGAUCAUAUAUGCUUUUUAUUUGGAACCAAAUGUCUUUUAGUUUAGUAUCUUUUAGAUAUUUGAGUUUCUUUGUGGGACAUACAAACUGUUAUAUAUUUUUGAAAACAUUCAUUGGAUUUAUUAUAUUAAAUAUUAGACAGAAAGGAGUACAUAAGUUACACUUCACGUCUAAGCAGAUCUAAAAGUAAUGAGUAUUAGUUUUACAUCGUAGCAACUAUUUUUGUACGAUGAAUUUGAUAAAAUAUAAUAGCUAGUAUAAUAUGAUAUUGAGAAAUAUUAAAAGAAAAAAGUAUAAUAAUUUUGCACAAGUGCUAUAUAAUUAUAUGUAUGCAUAUACAUAUAUGUACAAAAAAAUCUAGCAAUUAUUGAACUUUUCUAGAUAUAAAUCGAGUUCAAGGACUCACUGUUGGUUUUUUUAUAAUUUAAUUUAUAGAUUUAGAAUUAAAAUUUAAGAUGCUCUGAGUGCAGUUGAACGAGAGACAUUGUUAAAUAACCAUAACAAAUAAAAAACGUCAUCUUUGAAUUAUUUCUUUUUAUAAAGGAUAACAAAGGUAUAAUACAUUAUGUUCUAUACAUGACUAGAAAAAAUGAGGAAAUAGAUCAUUGAAAAUUUCUCAAAACUUUUUGUUGUUUCAAUUACAGCAAUUAAUGUGUAACAAUGUACGCACAGUAAUUUGACAAUUUAACAGUUACUGAAUGUAAUAUUGAUGCAUUAUUGUACAUAUUUCUGUUAUAACCACAGUAAUUUAAAGAGAUUCAUAAUAGAAUUCAUUCACAUAUAAACAAUCAAGUGUUAACACACAAAUUCAUAGUGUUAAAAGAUGCUUUUUUAUUGUUAUAUAUUACAUUGAGAUAAAAUUGAAUUAUUUCUUAGCAGCUUCAUAUAGUGCAGUAACAUUGUUCUUAUGUUAUUUUUAACAUAUCAUUAGUCAUCUGUUUUUUCUAUAAGGAACGCAAUACAUGUAUUUGAUGCUAAUUAUAAUUUGUGUGGUAACACUUAGACAUUGUCUUAUGUAUCCAUUUCAGUUUAGAUAUUGUGAUGAUGGAAAAUGAACUAAUAUGCUUCCAAAAUGUCUGCAGUAUUCAGUAAGCUAGCAAGAGCAUCUUUAAGUAGUUCGUUUUCAUAUAAGUGAUACAGUGCGUAAAGAAUUAUGGUAUUUGCAAGAAUUUAAAUAUGGGUCGUCCAAUUUAUUCUCUCUGUUGUGAGUAGCGUAAUAACAAGAACAAUUGUAUCAAACAAUGUGACAAAAUAAUUAUUUUAAUAUUUAACUAUAAUAACAACACAAUUUGUGAUAACUAGAAAUGAAAGAAACGGAAAAAUGUGUAACGUGUUUUAGAAAGGAAAACAUAAUGCCAAGCAUUCAUAAUUCAAGUGCCUAUAAUUAAACAAGCUCUUUGUCUCUAUGUAAUGUAAAUUUAGACUUUGAAUGUAUUCAGUGUAGAAAAGCGUGAUUAGUUGGAUGAACAUUGAAUACUUGAAAAUGAAAUAGAGCCUAAGUUGGAUGACCCUGACGUAAAUUAUUCUAAAUUGCAUCUGUCAUUUGAUACUAUUAAUAAUGACAAUGUAACUUUAAGUGGACCAGUUGAAUUGGCUUGCAAACGACUCGGCGCACAUUGAUUGUUUUUCUAGGAAUUUUCCAUAGUGGAAAGUUAUUUAUUACUCUAAAAAGUAUCAUGCAUGACUCAGUCAUUAAAGGUAUGAAUAACUUUGUGAGUUAAUGUAGGUACACGACGCUUUUAUAUCGCCAUUCAGAGUAUCAUCUUCUUUAAAAUGUAUUUAUAUAGCAUUUACUGAAACAGUACCGCAAUACUUAGAUUACACAAGACAGACUUUCUGUUUCGGUAAAUCUUGUGCCAAAUGUUUGGAUCAUUCAUUCUUUAGAACUUUAUGAGACAUAAUUUAAUUAUUUAGACUUCAUACCGUUACUUGUUCGAAAGUUAUAUGUAAUUUAUUACAGUGUUUCAGAUUUUGAAGAAAUGAAAUUAUACUUAUUGAAAUUAACAUUCUUUUGUA